AUGAACUCAGCUGAAUUCAGUGAAGAUGUAGAAGAAGUUCUAAACAAUAGCACCGUGAAAGUGGAGACGGAGGCGGGGGAUGCUGCCCUGGACUGCUCAGUGAAUUCCAGGUCUUCAGAGAAGCACCCUCGGGACAGUGCCUUCACCUCCCUCCAGGACUCCAGCAAGCGCAAGCAGCCGGGCAGCGAGGGCCAGCCGGACUCCGUCUCCAGCGUGAAGCGGCGGCGGCUGAUUCCCGAGGCGCUCCUAGCAGGCAUGAGGAACCGGGAGAACAGCUUGCCCUGCCAGGGCAAUGGGGAGCAGGCCGGCAGGGGCAAGAACUCGGUGUCCGCGUGGCCGGGGGAGGAGGAGCCCUGCAACGACGCGACCGCCCCCUCCUACAAGAAGCCCCUGUACGGCAUCUCGCACAAGAUCAUGGAGAAGAAGAACCCCCCGGCAGGGGACGUGCUCGGCACGCACGAGCUCCUGGAGAAGGCGAACCCCGGCAACAGCCCCUCGCCCCUGCGGCUCCUGAACGAGACUCAGAAGCGGGACGGCGUGGCCUCGGCCGACGGCGACCCCAACAUCUACUUCCUGAUCCAGAAGAUGUUCUACAUGCUCAACACGCUCUCCUCCAACAUGUCCCAGCUGCACAGCAAGGUGGACCUGCUGUCCCUGGAGGUGAGCCGCAUCAAGAAGCAGGUGAGCCCCCCGGAGACGGUGGCCAAGUUCCAGCCGCCCCCCGAGUACCAGCUGACGGCCGCCGAGCUCAAGCAGAUCGCGGACCAGAGCCUGUCGGGCGGGGACCUGGCCUGCCGCCUGCUGGUGCAGCUCUUCCCCGAGCUCUUCGGCGACGUGGACUUCUCCCGCGGCUGCAGCGCCUGCGGCUUCGCGGCCAAGCGCAAGCUGGAGUCGCUGCACCUGCAGCUCAUCCGCAACUACGUGGAGGUCUGCUACCCCGCGGUGAAGGACACGGCCGUGUGGCAGGCCGAGUGCCUGCCCCAGCUCAACGACUUCUUCAGCCGCUUCUGGGCCCAGCGGGAGAUGGAGGACAGCCCGCCGGGGGGCCCGGGGGCCGGCUUCUUCGAGGCCGAGCCGGUGGACGCCGGCCACUUCCUGGACAGCAAAGACCAGGAGGAGGCCCUGUCCCUGGACCGGAGCAGCACCGUCGCCUCGGACCACGUGGUGGACACGCAGGACCUCACCGAGUUCCUGGACGAGGCCUCGUCGCCGGGCGAGUUCGCGGUGUUCCUGCUGCACCGGCUCUUCCCCGAGCUCUUCGACCACCGCAGGCUGGGCGAGCGGCACAGCUGCUACGGGGACGGCGGCAAGCAGGAGCUGGACCCGCAGCGGCUGCAGAUCAUCCGCAACUACACGGAGAUCUACUUCCCCGACGUGCAGGAGGAGGAGGCCUGGCUGCAGCAGUGCGCCCAGCGCAUGGACGACGAGCUGGAGGCGCUGGGGCUGGACGGGGGCAGCGAGGGCGAGCCGCCGCGGGACGACUGCUACGACUCCUCCAGCCUGCCGGACGACGUCUCCGCGGUCAAGGUGGAGGACAGCUUCGAGGGCGAGCGGCCCGGCCGGCGGUCCAAGAAGAUCUGGCUGGUGCCCAUCGACUUCGACAAGCUGGAGGUGCCGCAGCCCGACUUCGAGGUGCCGGGCGCCGACUGCCUGCUCAGCAAGGAGCAGCUGCGCGGCAUCUACGAGAGCAGCCUGAGCAUCGGCAACUUCGCCUCGCGCCUGCUGGUGCACCUCUUCCCCGAGCUCUUCACGCACGAGAACCUGCGCAAGCAGUACAACUGCAGCGGCUCGCUGGGCAAGAAGCAGCUGGACCCGUCGCGCAUCAGGCUCAUCCGCCACUACGUGCAGCUGCUCUACCCGCGGGCCAAGAACGACCGCGUCUGGACGCUGGAGUUCGUGGGCAAGCUGGACGAGCGCUGCCGCCGCCGGGACACGGAGCAGCGGCGCUCCUACCAGCAGCAGCGCAAGGUGCACGUGCCGGGCCCCGAGGGCCGGGACCCGGCGGGCUACGCCGUCAGCUCCGCCGAGAGGUUCCGCGAGGAGUACGAGGGGCCCCCGCUGCCCCCCGAGAGGAGCAGCAAAGACUUCUGCAAGAUCCCGCUGGACGAGCUGGUGGUGCCCUCGCCCGACUUCCCGGUGCCCUCGCCGUACCUGCUGUCCGACAAGGAGGUGCGCGAGAUCGUGCAGCAGAGCCUCUCGGUGGGCAACUUCGCCGCGCGGCUCCUGGUCAGGCUCUUCCCCGAACUGUUCACGGCCGAGAACCUCCGGCUGCAGUACAACCACUCGGGCGCCUGCAACAAGAAGCAGCUGGACCCCACGCGGCUCAGACUCAUCCGCCACUACGUGGAGGCCGUGUACCCCGUGGAGAAGAUGGAGGAGGUGUGGCACUACGAAUGUAUCCCCAGCAUCGAUGAGCGGUGCCGCCGCCCCAACAGGAAAAAAUGUGACAUCCUCAAGAAAGCCAAGAAAGUGGAGAAGUGA